UUCUGAGCAAGCACAAGAAACAGCAGCGGCGCGUGCAAACAUCCCGUUAACAUUUAGCAACUUUUAAAAUCUGAUUUUUAAUGUCGUGACUUCUUAGUUUUCAUCCGUUUUUGCCUUUUUGCUCUCAUUUAUCUGGAUAUGGGAUAAAUAUUUAAAAGCUGUCGACAUAACGAUAUAAAAUGGGUUUGACGAGCUCCACCCUUUUAAAAAUCCCGAACGUCGAGGAGUUGGUGCAAGAAACGGGCUUCUCGCCUGCCCACAUUAUUCGUCUGUAUGAUCGCUUCAAAGUUCUGGAUAAAGAAGGACGAGGUCAUCUCUGUCCUCAGGAUUUUGGAGCCAUAAAGGAGCUGGCAACGAACCCCAUAAGAGACAGAAUAAUAAGUGCCUUCUUCUCCCCAGGAAAGGAAACAGUGGACUUUAACACGUUUGUGAAGAUCCUGGCGCAUUUCCGGCCUGUUGACAAGGACCGACCCAAAGACCCCAAUUCUCCUGAACCCAUUAAUAGCAGGAGCAACAAACUCAGAUUUGCGUUUCAGUUGUAUGACCAGGACAAGGAUGGCAAGAUUUCCAAAGAUGAGCUUUUAAAGGUUCUCCGGGACAUGCUAGGGAUGCAGGUGACAGAGGAGCAGCUGGAGAGCAUAGCAGACCGCACUAUUCAGGAGACAGAUCUAGACCGUGAUGACGCAAUAUCUUUUGAGGAGUUUCGUAAGUCUUUGGAGAAAGUCAACAUUGAUCACAAGAUGAGCAUCCGCUUCUUGCGCUAGACCAGAGCAUCAUGGGAAAGCUUCUAUACCAACCAUGCAUGCCUCUACAUCCAUGUCUCAGAAAAUGGAAGGAAUAUCGCAAGACAUUGGACAGUAUGAUGGGAUCAGCCUUUAUAUGUCUUACAGGGCUUUAAUGCACUGGUAAUGUCU